CUCCCACGCCCGCCGUCCCCGAGAGCCGCUUCUUCUUUCUCCGUGACUCGGAGCUGUCUACCUCACCCUCACUGCCUCUGCGUGCGUGCGUCACUGCCGGGACGCGCCUUGACUUCUCACGUCGUGUCGUGUGUGAGCGCCGCAGCGGUGCUGCUGAUCUGCGAUUCCUCCACGCCACACCCUACCUGACCACCCGACAGGGAAUCCUACUCCCUCUUGCGCGCCGCGGCGGCGGCGCCGGCAUCUUCGGUCUCCGUGCGGGUGUUUCCGUUCGGCGUUUACUGGCCGGGCGAGCGCGGCAUUGGAGGAGUCGGGAGGAGGGAGACCGGAGGCGUGAUCGAUGGGGAACUGCGUGGCGAGCGGGGGCGCGACGACGGUCACGGCGGCGGGGGAGGACGGGAGGCGGCGGGGGAGGAGGUGGAAGGCGCCGCGGGAGGAGCAGCUCGGCUCGGUCCCCGGCCGGAUCUUCUCCAACGACGGCCGCAGCCGCACCGCCGCCGUGUUCACGCAGCAGGGCCGGAAGGGGGUCAAUCAGGACGCCAUGCUCGUCUGGGAUGGGUUCGGCGGGGAGGAGGACGUCGUGCUGUGUGGGGUGUUCGACGGGCACGGCCCGCAUGGCCACCUGGUGGCGCGCAGGGUCCGCGACGCGCUGCCGCUGAAGCUCAUGGCCGCGGUGCGCGAGUCCAAGCCCGGCUUGGACAUGGCCGCCGCCGCGUGGAGGAAGGCCUUUGCGCGCGCCUACAAGGCCAUGGACAAAGAUCUUCGCUCCCACGCCACCCUAGACUGCUUCUGCAGUGGCAGCACCGCCGUCACCGUCCUCAAGCUCGGCUCGGAUCUCUACAUGGCCAACAUUGGUGACUCGCGCGCCGUGCUAGGCUCAAGGGACGGCGGCGGCAUGGUGGCCGUGCAACUGACUGUCGACCUCAAACCAGAUGUUCCCAGCGAGGCAGAACGGAUCAAGAAGUGCAGGGGCAGGGUAUUUGCUCUGCAGGACGAACCGGAGGUGCCUCGGGUCUGGCUGCCGUUCGACGACGCCCCUGGCCUGGCGAUGGCCCGGGCGUUUGGGGACUUCUGCCUCAAGGAUUAUGGUGUCAUUUCGGUUCCAGAGUUCUUCCACUGGUCGCUCACGGAGAAGGACCAGUUCGUCAUCCUUGCAUCAGAUGGGGUGUGGGAUGUCCUUAGCAACCAGGAGGCCGUUGACAUCGUGUCGUCAUCCCCAAGCCGAUCAAAGGCCGCGAUAUCCCUGGUCGAGGCCGCCGCUCGUGAAUGGAAAGCCAAGUACCCGACAUCGAAGACCGACGACUGCGCGGUGGUCUGCCUAUACUUGGAUGGCAAGAUGGACCAGGAACGCGACUCGACGGCGUCCAUGGACAACAUCAGCCUGGACUACGAAGGCUCAGCCGCGGACCCGAACGAAGCGCAGGAGCUGCAGGAGCCGGCGCUGACCCGCAACUUCACGGUCAGGACGGUGGCCGGAAGUGCCCACGAGAAGGCGCUGUCGGGGGCGGCAGACGCGGCCGUCGGCGGCGGCGCAGCCUGCGCCCACGACCAGAGCUGGUCGGGCCUUGACGGGGUGACGCGGGUGAACUCGCUCGUCCAGCUCCCCAGGUUCUCCGAGGAGAAGGCGGCGGUUGGCUGAUGAGCCGCCGGCUGCUGCAUGCGAUUCUUUGGUUUUGGUUGUUGAGUUGUUUGUUUCCUCGUUUUUUUUUUUUGGAAAUCUAGUUUAGUAGUUGCCCCGUUGUUGUUUGAGAGGAAGGGACACGGUAGAAACAGAAAUAUGGUGUUGUGAUUUGC